GUGGGAGAGUGAAGAAGGAGAGUGUGACAGAAGGAGAGGGAGAGUAGAGGAGGACUGGAUCUGCUCGUACCUCUGCUCCGCUUCCAAUCAGCGCCCCGCGGAGUCUGAACCGAACCACGGGCCUGGACCAGCCGCUCACCUCGCCCAGACUCCUCCGAUGCUGUUGGAGGUGCUGAAGUGAUCACUAGACACUGGGCCGAGGUCAGGGCACGAGGACGCCAUGUCCCACAGCCAGUCAGGCGGUGGCAUGGGCGACCAUGCCCCUCUGAUUCUGGAGAGCACCUUCUCCACAGAACUGCAUAUAUCUGAGCCGGGCGAUGAGUGCUUCCAGCCACAAAACCCCCCCACACCCACGUUUGAAAUAUCCCCGCCCGAGGAAGAUGAAGUCGACAGGCUGGUGGAGCCUCAGCCCGUGGUUCUGAGCACCCAAAGUCCAGCCGCGCUGAAGGUCGGCACCAAACAGCUCAUCCCCAAGAAAUUAGCCAUGGCCGGCCGAUCUAAAAUCCGCCACCACACCACUGUGGUUACAUUCCCCGUGGGACUGGAGCACUCCACCAAAGAGACCCGCAGCCGACACUCCACCCAGGGGACAGAUGUGUCCUGGGAGGAUUAUGACAGCGAUGGAGAUGGUUUAUCUUUGAGGAGGAACCGCAGGAACAAGUCGUACAGAGCGGCUGUGACCAGCCUGGACAUCGAAGCCAUCGCCUCAGGACAAGGAGAUGAAGCCGCACUGAAACCUGUCAGCGAGAACAGAGCACCCAGUCCUGGUCCCGCUCGCAGCCCUGGACGCAAGAGAACCCUGGGGAGAAAGAGGAACCAGAAACAACGUGGAUCCUUCAAAGAUGCUACGCCGCAGCUCUACCAGGAGAUCCGUGAGCGGGGGCUGCACUCCACCAGCCAGGAUGAGAUGUUGGAUGACUUUGUGGUGGUGGAGCCCCCUGUCGAGGACCAGGGCAUCGUGGUGAAGAGCUACAGGCCGGCACAUCUCACCUGGAGCCAGCUACCACAGGUGAAGGACACAGGUAUCCUGACACUGAUCUCAGCCCAGGAGAGAAAGAGACAGGAGGCCAUCUUCGAGAUAAUCACAUCGGAGUAUUCGUACCUGCACAGCCUGGGCAUCCUGGUCAGUCACUUCAAGGAGAGCGAAGCCCUGAGGAAAACCAUGACGACCACGGAGCACCAUCACCUCUUCUCCAACAUCUCUGUCAUCCAAAAAAUCAGCAAACGGUUUUUCGAGGACCUGGAGCGGCGUCACUAUGACAACCCAGUGAUUCGGGACAUCAGCGAUAUCGUUCAAAACCACGCCGCCCACCACUUCGAGCCCUACAUCGUCUACUGCUCCAACGAGACCUUCCAGCAGAGGACGCUGCAGAAGCUGCUGACGAGCAACGCUGCGUUCAAGGAGACACUGAAGCAGAUCGAGGGGAGCAGUGAGUGCGGAGGCCUCCCCAUGAUCUCGUUCCUCAUCCUUCCCAUGCAGCGAGUAACCAGACUGCCACUGCUGCAGGAUACAAUCUGCCAGAAAACUCCAGACAAGACCGCAGAGUACUUCGCUGCCGUUUGGUCGUUGCACGCCAUCAGCAAGUUGGUCAGCAGCUGCAAUGAUGGCGCGAGGCGGAUGGAGAGGACCGAGCAGAUGUACACCAUCCAGAAACAGAUGGACUUUGGGAAAAUCAAGCCUUUUCCUCUGGUGUCCUCAUCGCGGUGGCUGAAGAAGCGUGGCGAGCUGGCCGUCUGCACCGAGGAGCUCAGCAUCUGGAGGGCUUUCAGCAACAGGAGCAACUACCUGUUCCUCUUCAAUGACGUGCUGAUCAUUACCAAGAAGAAGAGCGAGGAGAGCUUUGUGGUGAUGGACUACGCCACUCUGGAGAAUGUGGAGGUGGAGGUCGUAGAGGAAGCGGAGGGACGGAUGUCUCCACCAGCGAAGAACAGCCACCAUCUGUCUUUCAAACUGCUGAUGAGCAGGAACAGCGAGGGGAGAUCGGAGCACGUCUCCCUGAUGGCCGAGUCCAGGGUGGACCGUGCACGUUGGAUAGUUGCUCUCACAGAGCACAAGCAGGCAGGUGUUGUCACUUCUAGAGAUGGUCUGCCACAGUACGAGGCCACUAAAGCCUACAUGCCGAGGGAGCUGGAUGAGCUGGGGCUGAAGCAGGCGGAGCUUGUUAUCGUCCGGCAGAAAGAAGAAGGCUUUUGCUAUGGGGAGAGAAUGCGAGACGGCGAGAGAGGCUGGUUUCCAGCGAGCUGUGCCACCGAGAUCACCGACCCGACCGCCAUGGAGAACAACGUGCAACGCAUGAAGCGACUCCGCAAAGAGACCAACGUUUGAAUGACUGUCAUCGACACUGAUAAUUGUAUCAGGAUGUAGAGGGAGAAAGAAAACCCACCUUCCUGUAGAUUUGGGAUUCUCACCAUGUUCAGUUUUUGAUGUCUGCAUAGCAGAUGAAUUAAAUUGGACACAGGGAUCAUAUGAACUAGUGUUAGUGGUUCAGAAUUCCUUUAUCAACAGACUGAAUUGCAUUUCCUGGGAUUUAUAAAGCAGUUUAAAUGGCCAUUAAUCCCUGCCGGGUGCUCCAGUGGUGUGUGUGUGUAUAUACAACUGAGCCAUGAAUGUUUUAAGCUGGAGUCCAGACAGCAUCGAGUUUCAUGUUUCCCUUAUCUGGUAGACUUUUCAAACAAUCUUAAAACAUGACCACCGUGUUGAAUCUCAACAGAAAGUAUUUCUGGUUAGCUGUUUUUAUUCACCCAUACUUUGUCCGGUUAAUAUAUCAGAAACGUGCAGGAUUUAAGUGGCCAACCGGAUAUUUUGCUCCACAAUAACCCUUUAACAUCUUUGUUGGAGAAUAACUUAAUAUAUAAUAUACAGCCAGUAGUAAACAAUUCCUCAGAUGUGACCUCUGGGUUUUAUUUCAAAUCUAGGAUCAUUGUGAGUGUGUCCGCAUACAGUAUAGUAUGAGAAGCUACUUGCUAAACAUCAGCCAAGUUUUAAUUGUUUAAAUUUCUGUGCAUCACAUUGUUUAAAUUGAUCAAAUUCGUGAAUUUCUUUAUUACCCAAGUUUUAAUAAAUGUUUUAAAAUACA